AUGAUGUUUGCAAAGAGAGCUUGGCUGACGGGGGCAUUUUGCAUCGUUCUGUGCUCAGAUAUCGUAAGAGCUGGGUUGUUGGAGCCGAUUCGAAGAGAGGAUGCUUCACCUACAAGCACGCUCACUACUGCAGCGAGGACCACAAGCACAGAAGACACAAUUUCACAAGAAUCAACAACAAGCUCCCAGGCGACCACUACAGAACUCGCUGAUAGUGCUUCUGUCGCCUCGACAAGUAUUAAGUUGACAUCCAGUACUUCUACUACAUCGGCGGCAACCUCUGCUCCUUCAGCACUCAAUGGAAAUGUUGCCAGCAAUAGCUCAAAUAUCUACAGCAAUUCUACCAUCGAGGCCGGCGAGUUGCCUAUUCAACCGCGCAUCACUCCAGGAUGGGGAGUCGCUGGCGCAAUCUUACUUAUCACUGGCGCAAUUCAUGCUCUCAUUGGUAUCAAGAACACCUGGCUUCACACGUUCUUUUCAACCGCUUUCUUGACGGGCUUGUGUACAGCAGUAUUGAUCGUGUAUGUGAUGAUACUCCCGGUAUCCGAUGGGGUACAGGGUGCUUAUGUGGUCGCCUGCGUGUGCGCUGGUGUCAUACUUGGUGGUGGUGCAACGAUUUUCAAGGAGCUUACUGAAAGCUUGGGGUGCUUGCUUGGUGGAUUUUGCCUCUCGAUGUGGCUCCUCACUCUACGCGAGGGUGGUCUACUACUAGACAACUCAACCGGCACGAUCAUUUUCAUCAUAGCCUUCACGCUUGCUGGGUUUGCGUUAUACUUUAGCCAUUAUACGAGACCAUACGCCUUAAUUGGGUCCAUCUCGUUUUCUGGCGCCACGGCUGCAGUCUUGGGAAUUGACUGUUUCAGCAAGGCCGGGUAUAAGGAGUUUUGGGCCUACAUCUGGGCGCUCAACGACAACCUGUUCCCACUUGGUGCCACCACAUACCCGCUGACGAAGGGCAUCCGCGUUGAGAUAGCACUUAUCGUCAUCAUUUCUAUCGUGGGCAUAAUUUCACAGGUGAAGCUCUGGAAGGUCCUUCAAGAACACCAAACUAAGCGAGCGACCGCGCGAGCCGAAGCACAACGAGAGCGCGACCUCGAAGAGGCGAACCUUGGGCAGCAAAUCGAGGAUCAGACUGCUCGCGAGAGACGCCAAUGGGAAGCCGCAUACGGUGGCAAGGCCGACGGAAGUGUGCUCAGCUCAAAGGACUCUGGAGUUGCCGAUGUGAAUGAGAAGAAAGGCCGGUACAGCCAUGCAACCGAUGUUAUUGAGCUAGCUGAGCUCCCUACUCCUAGCCCCAAUUUCCCCGAGUCGCCAAUGACGCCGGCAGAUGAGUGGGAUGAGAUAAAUCUGACGAACGAAGCCAAAAGUCGAGGAGAAUUGGUCAUUGAAGACGAUAACCAAAAUCUUGGUAGUCCUGCGCCGGCAGCCCAUGGUAAAACAUGGGUGGUCGGGGCUGAUGGAGAAGCCAACCCAGCAUCGAUUGUUCCGCAGCGCAACUCCCAGAGAUUUUCAACAUCCGUCGGGCCCGGGCUUACGCCGUUGCCUUUCCGAAUCCCUGACGCUGCUGAGGGUGAUGACGACGAUCGUUCCUCGAUCGCAACUUUCAACGAUGACGAUGAUCGCUCCGUCACGCUGCAUAAUAGGGCAUCGCGGGCAUCUCUGGGACAGCGACUGUCAGUGGGAUCUGCACACAUUCUGCGAAGCUUAUCCAGAAAUUCUACAGGCUCCGGUCAUUCUAAGAAAAAGGCCAGCCAACUUUCGCCAACGAGCUUGUCGCAUGAUUGGACGCAGAGCAAGGAGGAUUUGGUGUCAAGACCAAGAGCGCAAGAGGAUACUCGAAGUGUCGCAGCGACUGUCGAUCAAGUCAGCACAAACGGCGAUGAAGAUCGAUCAAAGACCGGUCAACAUGGAUUAGGUAUCGAAAUUACAGCCGAACUUAACGAUAAAACGUCAGGCGCAAUUGGAAGAUCAAACGAGCAGCCAAAGUCUCCUACCAUCAGAAUUUCAGAGGAUGGACAAGCAGCAUGCGAGAAGUCUGGUCCGCCACAGUCUCCCUCAGUGGCCCAAUCUACUGCUCCGGUGCCAGCUGUUCUAACCAAGGACCAUUUGCCGACAGGACUCUCACGUGUAGCAUCAGCAUAUCGAACGAAUGAAUGGGCCAAGCAUCUCAGCUUUGCGGAUCUACCAGAGCCGGAGAAUUUGCGCCCAAGCCCACAACCAUCUCUAGAGGAAGCGAUCAAGGACGACGAGAUUGCGGCCCCUGUCAAGAUCGAGGAAUUACAACAAACUGCUCAGAACGCUACACCAGCGCCCGCAGUGACGAGGUCACUGUCGUCAGCGUCGCACUCCCCCCCUGGUUCUGGACCAGUAACGCGCUCAAAUUCGAGAAACUCAACGACCAAUGCAAAAAACUUAACAGUUUUGGCUGGGUCCAAUACAGAAGCCAAUUCAAAAUUCGGGUUGGUUAAGGCUGCCGCGCCGCCUUCGGUUCACGCGACUCGUGGGUUCCAGAGACGGUCCACAAGCCAAGGACAACGUAACUCGGAUGUUUUUGUGCCGCCCAUUGCAGAGGAGCAGCAUGGUGUUCGUUAUGCCGAAACUCAGAACCUGUACGACGACCCAGUAUCUGGUGGUAUAUCGCCGGUCAAUUCUGAGCACUCACAAUCUGCUGUUCGUCUUCCUGUACCAGGAGUGGUUUCCUAUUCUAGCCCACAGACACUACUGGGAAAACGGGAAUUACUUUUGCGAAAUAAGUCGUCCAUCCUGGGUAUGCCUGGUCCAGAAAACAAGUCUUUCGCACCUCAGACAGUGGCAAGUGACGCUGGAUCUCUUCGUAAUUACCCCAGUCGCAGCUCUUUUGGAGGCCAGGACCUAGAUGACAUGCCACUCAGCCAGCGGAAGAAGCUCAUCCGCCAGAGCAGCAUCCUGUCCGCCGGAUCAGCUGCUGAUUCGAGGCCGAACAGUCAUGUCGGUCCGUCGUAUGGCAUGUCCCAGACGAUGGCAGAGAACUCCAGCUUCAACUCACACCAGCCCCAGCGACGGUCCACGCUUCCGUCGCAACAAGCUCGUGAAGCGCAACUCGCGAGCUUCCGCGAUUCCGUGGCAAAAGAAACGCGCGUGCCAUCCUCGCCAGUCUAUAAUCUGACGCCUGCGUCAAGCCACGAUCUGCUGCCGUCGCAGUCCGGUGGAGGGCUGCAUCAAACAGCUAAUAUGAGCACAGCGGAAAUCCAGAGAAGCGUAGAGCAGAGUCGGGCCAUGUUGAUGAACCAACGGGGCCAGGAGGCUCAGAGGAAAGAGAUGGAACGUCAACAGAAGGAGCGCAACGAUCGCAUGUUUGAAGAGAAGAUGAGGAGCAGCACAUAUCUCAUGGAUGCGCAUCGGGAUGCGAUGAGGAAGAUGCAGAGUGCUGCAAAAUAA